AUGUUGUUUUAGUAUGUUAAAAGAAUCUGAAUUUAUUACCAGUGACCCAGGAUAUGAAAUCAUUGAUUGUAACAGAGUCCUAUUUUAAAACUGUAAUAUGCCAUUUAAACUGAGCCAGCUCUCAUUGGUAAGGCUUCUUCAAACCUACAAAAACGUGUAUUGUAAUUUGCAACAGCAACAAAACUAAGGACGGAUUUUAAGACUUUGGGGUGAAAAAUGUUUCACUUGCUUAUACUUCUGAAUAAUCAGAUGAAAUACAUUCAACCUUUCCAGUGCAGAUCCAGAACAUGGCCUGUAAUAGAGUACUCCUGUGGCCAGGUAGCAACAAUAUGCUAGCAAAGAAAAGGUGUCAGACAUUAAGAAUCUUUUAUUGAAUUUACUAUUUCUUUACUUUUUGUAUUGUUACAGUAUUAUCAGAAAACCCAACAAGUUUCACUAUCACUGUGACAUCUGAAGCAGGAGAAAAUGAUGAAACUGUCCAGGCAACCCUUAAAUUUACCUAUGGAGAAAAAUAUCCAGAUGAAACUCCCCUUUAUGAAUUAUUCUCCCAGGAGAACCUUGAAGAUAAUGAUGUGACAGACAUAUUAAACCUUCUAGCACAACAGGCAGAAGAGAACAUGGGGAUGGUAAUGAUCUUCACUCUAGUGUCAGCUGUCCAAGAGAAAUUAAACGAAAUAGUGGAUCAAAUAAAAACAAGACGAGAGGAGGAAAAGAAACAGAAGGAAAAAGAAGCAGAGGAGGCCGAAAAGCUAUGUUUCCAUGGGACUCCUGUUACAAUUGAGAAUUUCCUGAGCUGGAAAACAAAGUUUGAUGCAGAGCUCCUAGAAAUUAAAAGAAAAAAGAUGAAAGAAGAUGAGCAAGCAGGCAAAAAUAAAUUAAGUGGAAAACAACUAUUUGAAACAGAUCAUAAUCUUGACACGUCUGAUAUUCAGUUCUUAGAGGAAGUUGGAAAUAGCGUGGAGGUGGAUGAAUCCUUGUUCCAGGAAAUGGAUGAUUUGGAGUUGGAUGAUGAAGAGGAUGAUCCUGACUACAACCCUGUUGUUUUAGAUAGUGACUAGAAGGAAUUUGCUGAAUUGGCCCAUGUUAUUAGUAUGUGCGGACACAGUAGGGAGAAAAAGAUAGUCAGGAAAGCCACAGCAUCUGUGGCUGUACCAAGCAUGUAUUGGUUUUCAUUUUUGAAGGAAAAAAAAACCAAACUCUUUUAAUUUCAGGAGAAUACUCUUCUGAUGACUUUCAUCAUUAUUAAUAAAUUGACUUGAACAUUUCUAAGGUGAAAUGUUAGGCAUAUUGUUAAUCUGUAUGAAGUCUAGAAACCCAUACACCUGUUCUUUCUCCUUUCCCACCUCAAUAACAGCCUUUGAAGAAAUCAGUCAUGCAAGUUGAAAAGAUGCUAGAGCAGAUGCUGCAUGUGCCGCAACAUAAAGGUGUGCUGAGCUUCAUCCUGACAUACAUGUGGAAGGUUUGCUGAAGACAUGGGGAGUGCUUACUAUAAAACUGCUCUGUCUGUGGAACUGUACAGUGCUUCAAAUACAGCUUAUUAAUGGUGCUCCUAACCAUUUUCGUUCAUUAACAGCUGAGAGAAACUGACUGGUGGCUACUUCCAGUCUCUCAUCCCCUCCUUGACGUUCUGUGUUGGGUAUCCUUCCACUUCCCCCAGUGGCAGCCGCACCACUGCUGAUGUUAAAGAUAAAAUUAGAUUCUACAUUUAUAAGCAUGUUUGGAUAACUUGGUCAUUUCAAAUUAUGUAGGGUUUUAAAUUGACAUUUUGGAUACAAUUUGAAAAAAACAAAAACCACCACAGCAGUGAAAAAUCCUAUAAUUUCUCUUGUUUUCAAAUAACUUUUUGGCUAUAAUUCAGACAAGGAAUUUAGAGAAAAACUGUAAAGAACAUGGAGGCCUUUAAAGUCAUUUUCAAAAGUUUGAUGAAUCAGUUUGACAGUCAUCUCCUCUUUUGAACUUGUUCAGUAGUUAACCUGAUUGCGAACAAUGGAAAUAAUAAUUGUAUUAGUGGGACUCUACACUCGGGAGAGUACAAGACCACAACUUUGUAGUUACACUAAGUGCAGACUACUGUUUUUCGUAGUAUUUACAAGAUGCAAUGAUAUCUAGGUGUGGAUCUAGUUGGCAUUACCAUUGAUGAAGCCAACAGUGAUUAAAAGUCUGCCAUUACAAGAUAGAGCAAAAGGGUCCAGCAAAGCUGCAGGAACCAACAUGCUGAUGUUGGUCCAGCAAUUCUCUUGGGAUUACAGUGGCAUAAGCAUGCUCUUUGGUUUGCUGCACUAUUUUGUGUCCCACAAUAAAACAUCUAGGAGAAGCACAGUAGGCUGGCUGGAAGGUCACAGGCUAUGGACAGAUAUGGGAAAUGGAAGAUAACUGCUAAUGGGAGGAAGAUGUAGCAUGUCAGUGUGGGUAUGAGGGUAAGGAGGAUGCUGUAUUGGGCUUAUAAAAAGGAAACUGGAAAAUAAUUUAAAUGGAGAGACAGAGAAAAGAGUGAAUAAAGCAAGACCAGAGACUUGAAGUUAAAGUGAAUAACUGAAAUGGGGAGAGGAUGCUAAUGAGACAUGGAAGGGAGGAACAAUACAUUAUUUUAUUAUAAUUCCUCUGUGGUUAUAGAUCAAGCUGCAAUAAAUGUUUGCUUCUGGUCAUCAGUUAUAAAUGAAAAUCCAAGGAUCUCCGUGUUGCUAAAUAUUUUAGCAGGUUUAUUUCUUGUUUAUGAAUACAUGGUCUCUCUCCCUCUGAUGGAAAAUAUAUACAUAAUGUAAUAUAACAUUUUUCAAAUAUGACUUGAGGCUCUUUAUAUAAAGUUGUUGGGGAUACUUUGUACAAAAAGGGACUAACUACAGUUAUGA